GUUACUUUGAACGGUCGUGUCAGACGGGUGCUUCGGGCGAGCAUUUUCGCGUAAACUAAUUGAUUUCUUCUAAUUAAAUUACAGUGAAUCAUUGUGUUAGCGAUGCAAAUGUGAUGUGAGCCAUGCUUAUUAAUUUUGUGCAAAAAUUGUUAAUAUUGAAGUCAAAAUAGGGGGUGUAACGGGGAAACAAAAAUGGCUUCGGGAGACAGCGAUCACAUAGAAGUAAUGGAUAGUUCAGUGACUAAAAAGACGGAUGCUGGACAGGCAGGCGCAGAGGAUGAUGAUCGCGAUAGGACUUCAAUUGCUGAGAAAAAUGUACUUUACGAUCCGGCAGUGGGCCCUUCAGGGGCCAUCAGCAAAGUGCACAAAUCGGAUCGCAAGAUCGGCCAUCGGCGUGUCGGCGAGGGCGGCGAGAUCACCUAUAAGAAGAUUCAGUCCUCGCAGAUUAUGGCAUCCAUACAACUUGGUAUCCAACAUGCGAUCGGUGGUCUCGCCUCGAAGCCCGAGCGCGACCUUCUUAUGCAGGACUUCAUGACGGUGGAGACGACAAAUUUCCCACACGAAGGAUCCAACCACACACCCGCCCAUCACUACUCUGAGUUCAAGUUUAAGACGUACGCUCCCAUCGCGUUCCGAUACUUUAGAGAUCUCUUCGGCAUACAGCCGGAUGAUUUCUUGAUGUCGAUGAGCAGCGCACCACUACGCGAGUUGAGCAACCCCGGCGCGUCCGGCAGCAUCUUCUACCUGACGAACGACGACGAGUUCAUCAUUAAGACAGUGCAGCACAAAGAAGGAGAGUUUCUACAGAAAUUGUUGCCCGGAUACUACUUAAACCUCGAUCAGAACCCCCGCACGCUCCUACCAAAGUUUUUCGGCUUAUACUGCUAUCAGUGCAACAGCAAGAAUGUGCGGCUGGUCGCCAUGAACAAUCUGCUGCCCUCUUCGGUCAAGUUGCACCAGAAGUAUGAUCUCAAAGGAUCCACCUACAAGAGGAAGGCAAGCAAAACGGAACGACAAAAGAAUUCACCAACUUAUAAAGAUCUGGACUUUAUGGAGCAUCAUCCUGAAGGUAUCUUUCUAGAAGCAGACACGUACAAUGCGCUCAUCAAGACGAUGCAGAGAGACUGUCGAGUUUUGGAGAGCUUUAAGAUUAUGGAUUAUUCGCUACUCGUCGGUAUUCACAAUUUGGAUGAGGCGCAAAGAGAGAAGACUGAGGCGAGGAAGAGAACCGACUCUGGACAAAGUGAUGGCGAAGAUGAAGUCGAACCGAAAUCGAUCGGACUCAAUAGAACCAGAUCUGAGCAAGGCAAGGAGGAUUUCGGGAUGCAAGUGAAAAGGACUCAGUCUAUCAACCGACAGCGGCUGGUGGCGCAUUCCACGGCGAUGGAGAGCAUCCAGGCGGAGAGUGAGCCUAUUGAUGAAGAGGAAGAUGUGCCGCCGGGCGGCAUUCCGGCGCGGAACGCUCGCGGCGAGCGGCUGCUGCUCUUCCUCGGCAUCAUCGACAUCCUGCAGUCCUACCGUCUGCGCAAGAAGCUCGAGCAUACAUGGAAGAGCAUGAUACACGACGGAGACACAGUUUCAGUGCACAGACCGAGCUUCUAUGCGCAAAGGUUUCUAGACUUCAUGGGCAAAACUGUCUUUAAGAAAAUACCUUCGUUGGACCUGCCCGAGAUCAAAGGCAACCACCGCAAGUUCCGCACCCUGGUCACGAGCUACAUAGGUCUGACCCUGAAACACUCACCUUCGAAGAGAAAAAGCAUCGCCAAGCCGAUUAAGCCUUUGGAAGAAAUUGAUACACCAGGGCGAAAACUCGUCGGCAGAACGAUUAAGGACUAUAACCCUGAAAUACUUCUAAGGCAAACGUCCCGAUUGUCUCCGAGAUCUUCCUUAAGAUCUAGCAUGAGUGACUUUACCGACACGACAAUAUCGACGUGGAACCAGAAGCCGCGCAUCCCGCAGAUGCCCACAGAGUACCCAUCGGUGCUCUCCGACAGAUUGAAGAUUAUCGACCGUGAUCGUAUCGGCACUUUCCAAAGACGCAUCGACUUUGACACUUCCAACUUGACGUCCAGAGAGGCAGGACCCUCAUACGCGGACAAUGUGUACAGAUCUUCCAUUCAAGAUAGAAUGGAAUCAUUAUCCGAUCAGUUAACUAAGGUCUUAUGUACUGGAGCUGGAAGUACUCAUAUAAACGGCAGUCUGGCCGACAGCGGAAUACAAACUGACAAUACCAGUACCAGCGUACCACAAAUAUAUAUAGCUGAGCCACACACAAACUUCCCGCCAGUUAUCAAGAUACUAAAAGACGCCUCCGUCGAUACUAGAAACGAGAACAAUCUUCAAGAUAUACCGUUCAUUGAUGACGACGAUGAAGAGAAGCAAGCGAAGAGACGUUCGAACAUUCUAGAGAAACACAAGAGCAUGUCCAAUAUACCAGAGAAGAUUGACGAGGUCAGCUCGAGAGAACACUCCAACGAGAGGCUAUCUAGUAGUCUUAACAGAGCUAAAUCACCAACCUUCGUGGAGAAAUUUAAGAAAUUCUUCAUGGAUAUUGGAUUAGUUAAAACAGACAGUGCUUCGUUAACCGAAACACCAUUAAGGGAACCUAGUACGUUACCUAAAAGCCUGAACUCCAGCUACAGAACGAGAAGUGUAACUCCAAUAAGAUCGGAAGCGAGAGAAGCGUCUACUUUACCGAAAGAUAUGAGGUUCCGUAAAGUGAGAUCAACGCAGACCGUCUACUUUAGAACGGAGUCUCCAAUUCCUAUAAUAAAUAGUGACAUGGGAAGUCAAACUAAUGAACAUGUCUCUGUUGUACAACUAAAUGGUGACGAACAUAUAAGAGAUUCUGAAUCUGAGAGAUAUGUUAAAGAGGUUGUAUAUGUUAGGAGUUUAGACAAAGCUGAAAUAUAUUCUGGCAAUGAUAGUGGUAGCACUAUUAUUAUUGUACCACCAGCUGAUUGAAGAUUUUUAAAAACCGUUAUGGUUUAAAUUUAUACUAGGU